CGCAACAGAAAAGGUGCAGACGUACCCGAGUGUAUAUCUCGCAUGGUAUAUUGUCACCUGUUAUCGCUGUUAUCACAGGUAAAUAAUUCUAUUUUAGAAUACUCCUAAUAAGGGCAUGCAGCGAAUUACGUGGUGUGGGUCACAUAAGUUAUAAAAGCCUCGUACUGCAGUUCAUCCCACAAGGAUCUCUAACAUCUGCUUGGAUACCCAGGAAAGGGCAAACGACUGAAAAUGUGGCAAAUCAUGCUGGUCACGACAGUUCUUUUGGUGACACUGAGGACAGCACUUUGUCAAACUACUAGUAUGACUGGAGGCUUGAACACCACUAAUGCUAUCCUUCCUGUCACUAUAUCUGGAACCUCGUUGUAUUUAAACAAGACAGUUUCUUUGGAAACAGGCACAAUGCGUUCAUCAUCAGUGACUCCAUCUUUAAGGAACGUGCAGACUGAAUCUAGCUCACCAACUUCCACUUUAGGGGGUUUCAGCAUCACCAACUCUUCUUCUGUUACUGAAAGCCCAUCAACUGGAAUCGUCACUGGAAAACCUGCAUCAGGGACCCCAGCUUUGGUGACUCAAGAGUCAGGGAUCCCAUUGUCUGGGGUCACGGGCUUAGGAGGUCAGCCAUCAAGUUUCUCGCCUAUCAAAACCUCGUCCUCGGGAGCCACAAACGACUCGUUUACAGGUACUUCUCCCCCUGCAACAAAGGCAGGAGGUAUCUCCUUGAGGAAUUCUUCCGAGGACAAUAGCUAUACGACUGAUAAAUCCACACCUUCGUCCUUCCCUAAGGACAGUGCCAACUCCACCAGCGCUUCGACUUCCGGUGCAGCUCAGCAACUCCAGAACUUGAUGCUUUUAUUCAACAUGAUGUCGGGUAACUCUGCCAACUCUUUGCCACCCGAAUUUCUGCCCUUCCUGAUGAACAGCGGCAUCUCCCUUCAGAACACUCUUCAGAAACUCAGUCUCCUGACUCAAACCCUGCAAGUCUUGCCCCAGUGCGCGGCUGACCUUGCAACCUUCCAGGCGGGGAUUCAAAAAGGAGAACUUUGGACCUUACAAAUGAUAGACGCAAUUGGAAAACCACAGGCCGGCAUUCUGCUAGGGGAACAAACAUUUGUGGGACAGUAUGAUGAAUGUCGGGGGAUUUCCCAAAAGAUGAAUGAUGGUGUGAUCGAGGGACUGUUUUGUACUCUUCAAGUGAAGAUGAACUUUUCCGGUCUCGGUGCUCAGCUGGCUCUUCUGGGCCAAGUCCUCAGCACCGUCUUUGUUGACAUCUGUCUUCCGGCUUCAUGUAGAGACGACGUGGCCUUGCUGGCAAAAGAAGCAGCUGACGCCUUGGGACAAACACUUCUAGGGGCGUCUUGUGUCACCUCCAAGGAUCCUACUGGUGACACACUAUUUUGGGUCACCAUCGGGAUCAUCGCCUUCCUUGCCCUCCUUGGAGUGUGUGGCACAGCCUACGGCCUUCACCUCAAAGGGAGCGAGAAGACACCAAACAAGACAAGCACGCCAUACCUUACAAGUCAUAUCAAUAUGGCCUUUAAUGGGGAAACGCAUGAAAAUAUCGAAAAACACGCCAAUGGAAGUAGUUCUCUCCACGAAGUUAUGGUUCAAGACAAGAAUGGUGAAGGGUAUGUCAUUGGAAACGGCAAUCUACCGGAAGUGACGGGUCAAGGCGAGAAACACAAACCGACAGUAGCUACUAACGGACUAAAGAUAUACGCCAAUCACGAGCCAGUGGAACAAAAAAUAGUCAGAUCCAGAGGUCUGUGCUCCAAGCUGCUGUUGAGUUUCUCGGUACUAGAAAACGGCAAAAAGCUGCUAAGCUUUGAGAAAGGUCAAGGGGACCUGUCGUGCCUUCACGGCAUCCGGGUCAUUACCAUUACAUGGGUCAUCCUGGGUCACUGCUUUGCCAUGCCGACUACUGCUACAGCCAACACAGUGGGAAACACAGCAGCCGUGUUGACUAUGCCACAAGAUUGGACAAUGGCACCUCUAGUUAGUGGAACACUUUCGGUUGAUACCUUCUUCCUUUUAAGCGGUUGCCUGACAUCCUACCUGUUCUUACGACAGGCACAGAAGGCUGGUGGCAUCACGUGUAGAAACAUGAUUCUGUACUACGUGCACCGAUUCUGGAGGCUGACACCUUUGUAUAUGGUCGCUAUCAUAUUUUAUGCCGGAAUAAUGCCAUACCUUAUGAGCGGUCCCUACGACAACUCGCAAACAAUUGCCUUGCAGAACUGCAAGAAGUACUGGUGGGCUAACAUUCUCUAUGUCAACAAUCUUGUUGAUAUAGCAAAACUGUGUAUGGGCUGGAGCUGGUAUCUCUCUGACGACAUGCAGUUCUAUGUCAUUGCCCCCCUUAUGCUCGUGCCAUGGGCAUUUGGGAAACGGACUAUCGGCAUUCUGUUCUGCGUUGCUCUGAUCAUCGUCCACAUCGUCACAAACCCCAUUUUCAUCACAAGAGAUAAUCUGCAGCUUAUCUACGGAAAUGCACAGACAGAAUAUAUGAAGGAAGUCUACUUUCCUCCCUGGACCCGUGUCGCGCCAUUUGCAAUCGGUGUUCUCUUGGGCUACAUCUUGCACUCCACUGGAUGCAAGUACAAAAUGCAAAAGCUUCUCGUGCUGUUAGGGUGGCUGGUGGCAACGGCUGUAGGUCUAGUGGCUGUUUACACUCAGUUUGAUAAUAUCAAAGGCUUGGACAAGACUCUACACCUGACCUGGGACUCAAACCAGUUUGCCGUGUACGAGACUCUCAGUCGACCAGCGUGGGCAUGUGCAGUGGCGUGGGUCAUACUGGCUUGUUGCACAGAACAUGGAGGCUUUGUAAACACCUUCUUGUCCUGGAGGGGCUGGGCGCCUCUGUCACGGCUGACCUACGGGGCCUACCUGUUCCACCUCACCACGUUCUACGUCAUCUUGGGCAACAAAAUCGCACCUUUCCAUCUUUCCUCCUGGACUGUGGCGGAGCUAACAAUCUCUGUCACGGUUCUGACCUACAUGGUGUCCUUCGUCUUCUCGCUGCUGGUGGAGUCGCCUACUCUUGGCCUCGAGAAGGCGCUGCUUGGUGGCGCUGGUAACAAGAAACAUUAGUGACGUCAGUGAUGUACAUCAAAGACACUUCUGUGCAGCUUUACCUCCUUUUCAUGGGCGGUCCGGUGGCGCAACGAUUAGCUCCUGUCACCAAUACAGUGAGGACUGGCUGUGCUGGGUUCAGAUCUCGUCUCGGGCACGUUCUUUCUCUCAAUGUGGCAUAUGUUUAGAGGGCUGGCUGCCUUACAAUGAUUUCGCCUUAGUUGCUAGUUCGGCGAAAAACAUCAAUUUCCCACAACCACACACCUUUUUGACAUACAAAUUUACCCAAAUAUGCUGAAGAAGGAAACCUUAUGAUUAACCUCAGCAGCCUUAUCCAUCUCUUCAUUUGUUUUCAAGGCAAAAUAAAAGUGUUUAGAAUCUCGUCAAGUGUAUGAUCAGUUUGAUUCUCAUCUAUUUUCUGGUCUGUUUAUAUGCAAAAAGUUAAAGGUUAUGUAGGGUGUUGUGUUUAAUGAGAGAAAUUACACUGGACUCUUGCUUCAACCCAGUCUCGUUCUCCAUCACGUGACCUUAUAACGUAUGCCCGUGACUGUUUACCAGGCGAAACGAAGAAGUGAGCUACCACCCCAGCGUCGAAAAAAAAGGCAGAGGGAGCUCGAAAAUAUUUUUCAUAAUUUUCGAUUUGACAGAAACUUGAGAAGAAAGUAAACGUGAAGAUGAGAAGACUCGGCUAACUACAGAGGUCUGGUGGCCUAGAGACUUGAACACCUUGUGCUCAAAGUAACAUUUCUUGCUGCUUUAUGAGGACAGUGCGGCUUGUGUUUUGUGUCUCAAUUUCUCUGGGAUACAGUUCCUUCACUUUUUCAGCAUAAUAAAGUUGCCCAAAAAGGAAAGGAUGCAUCUCGCAAUUUUCUAUCGCCAAACGAUUAGAGCAUGAAGAGGUCAGUGUCACGAUCGAGUGCUACUGCUGCUAAUUAAAAUUAUAAACAAACUGCGAUUCUAAUUGACAACAUUACAGUCUGUAAAUGAUUGCAUGUACAUAACAAUAAAAGUAUUAGACUGUACUUAAAUCAAACAUAUUACCUAUAAAAAAUAUACAGUAUCUAAUAUGUGUGAGAAAAGAAUGCAUCAAGGUGUAAUUGGUUGAACUUCAACAUUAAAGUAAAAAACAAAUUAUCGUGUAUUUACCACGAUAUUGUAUCAGUUUUCUACGCUGGCGAAAAGAAAUCUGAACGUCUGUGUUGCUGCUGCUGCUGCCAUGUUUGACGGACUGUCCCUUUGUCAUGUGUGACUGAUUGUCACUUGAUGUCAUGUUUGAUUUGUUGUCGCUUUGUCAUGUGUGACUGAUUGUCGCUUGAUGUCAUGUUUGACCAGUCCUCGAUCGUUUCCUUGCGCCCCAACAGUGCACUAGUGUUGACAGAAUAAACUGUAAAAGCAAUCUUGAUCAUCCUGUUCUGAUUUAGAAAUAAACACUUGGCAAGUGUAUUGCUCAUUGCAUGAUAGAACGAAGACUAUAUGCUUGGACUAAUAAGCGAGGGUUAACUUGUACAGAUUUGGCGAGCUAGCAUCAUGCAGGCAAAUUAUGGAAUUUGUCUUCAGUUCUCUUAUCAACAACGACCUAGUAAAGCGCCCUGUGUACAUAAGCAAUAAAAGUUAUUUUUCUUCUGAACUACAAGUCUGUGUGUCUGUUUUAGUAGUUUACAAAAUUUCUAAAACGAGUAAUGUAACAAGAAGUAAGAUAUUCAAUAUAGGAGCCUG